AAACUACGCCCGACCUGAGCUCACAUAGCAAACCGCAGACGCGAGCCAAGCGAGCAACAAACAAAAAAUAUAUUUAUAUAUAUUUAAAUCGGCAUAUAUAGUACUUUAGUUGGAUUAAUACCGAGCAUGCCAAGCUGUAGAUUGUAUUCGUUAAGCAGCAGGCAGCUGAUGCUGCUGAGUUGUCUCAGUGUGUGGCUCAUGUGUGCGGAGCCGACGGUGGCCACCGCCAGUGUGUACGCGAGCUUCAGCAAUGUGGUGUUCACAAAUCGCGCCUGGGUGCCGCAAGAGCCGCCAGAGCAAGCGCCAAGGCGACGUCCGGCGGAUGUGCAGCAGCAGCCAGAGACAUGGGAUGAUGGAACGCAACGUGUGGGAGCGCCGGAUGUGCAGCGUCCACAGCAAGAGCCGAGCUGGAGGACUAACCCACAACCCAAAGUAGCAGCGCCAGCGCCCCGAGAUGUGCAGCGUCCACAGCCUGAGCAAAGCUGGAGGACUAACCCACGAGCCAAAGUGGCAGCUGCUGGGCCAGCUUCAGUUGCAGCGCCCACAGCAGCGCCGGCGCCAACUGAAACGCUGCUGACCACCAUCGACAACGAGCGACGUCCCGCUCCGACGGGCAAUGCUGGACCCACGCGUCCGCCCGCGCAGUACAAUCAUCGCGAGCGCUUCAGCUCGCUGCUCUAUCAGCCCAUUGCCCAGCAGAAUGCCAACAAGAACAUCAUCUACUCGCCCGCCUCGGUGCACGCCAUGCUGGGCAUGCUCUUUGGCGUCUCGAGUGGCCAAACUGCCGCCGAGCUGCAGCGCGCUGGGCAAUUCAGCAACGACAAGUUGGCAGUCGCUCGCGAUUUCGCGCGCACUUUGGGCAAGCAGCAGCAGCAGCAGGACAAUGUGCAGUUUAUUCUGGCCAACAAUCUGUACUUCAAUCAGGAGCUGUCGCAGCCCAAUCCCGACUAUCAGCGCUAUGCCAAGGAGUUCUACAACACGGGCAUCGAGCCUGUGAACAUGAAGCGCAGCACGCAAACCUCAAACAGAAUCAACAAUUGGGUAACUGAAGCGACCAGAAAUAUUAUCAGACAGCUGGUGACGCCCAAUGAUAUAGAGGAGCAGGAUCAGGCGCUGCUGGUCAAUGCCAUGUACUUUAAGGCGCGCUGGGCUAACGAAUUCUCAUCCAUGGACACCACCGCGGAGAAGUUCUGGCUGAAUCGCGGCAGUCAAAUCAAUGUGCCCAUGAUGUACAACGACGAUGUCUUUGCCUAUGCGGAGCUGCCCGAGCUGGACGCCACAGCUGUGGAGCUGCCCUAUGCCAAUACACAGACUUCCAUGCUAUUGAUACUACCCAAUCAGCUGGAUGGACUCGCGCAGCUGGAGCGUCAGCUGGCCAAUGUGGAUUUGAAUGCUUUGGCUGCGCGUCUGCGUCGCGAGCUCGUCACCGUGCGUCUGCCCAAGUUCCGCAUUGACUUUGAGCAGAACAUGGUGGGGCCACUGCAGCGGCUGGGCGUGCAGCGCAUUUUCACCGCCGACUCCGAGGUGGACGCCAUGCUCAUGGAUCGCGUGCGCAUGUCCAAGAUACUGCAAAAGGCUUUCAUCGAUGUCAACGAGGCGGGCUCCGAGGCAGCAGCUGCUUCAUAUGCCAAAUUUGUGCCGCUGUCGCUGCCUGUCAAAUCGCGCGUCUUUACUGCCAAUCAUCCGUUCUUCUUUGCCAUACGCACGCCGGAGUCGGUGCUCUUCAUUGGUCACGUGGUGGAGCCGCCAGCAGUGACGCAGCAGCAGUAAACAAAUUUGCAACAUUUAGUGCACUAAGUUAAUACUCUUCAAAUAAAUAUUUAAAUUU